CAUUAAGAAGCGGGGUUUGUUGAAGCCGCAUUCUCUUUUCCAAAGAGAACGAAGUUAGUUCCUUGUGUUCUGUCUUAAAGCUCCGAAAAACCCUAAUCUCUCAUUUAGGGUAAUUUCUGAUUAGGCUCUAUUUCUCAAUACAAUUGUUUUUGUCAUUAAGAACUACGUCGUCGGCACUGCAAAACGAUUUUGUUUUGUUCAUGUCAAACAGGUUUACCACAACUGGUGUUCAAUUCAGUUUUGCUUCAGUUCUGUCAUUGUGGGUUUCUUCCCAAACUUAUCGCUGAGUUAAUUAAAUUGUCGAGAUGGGAACACAACCCGAGCAACCAUGUCCUGAGGAAGAUGACGAGGAGAUGCUGGAUCAUGGAGCAACAAUUUCGAGUCAGUCAAUGUCAACAAGCAGGAGUGUGGGGUCACCGUCCAGCCGGAGUGAGCAGACAAUGGCAACACCUGCUAGUGAUAACACUUUUCUCAGAUUAAACCAUCUUGACAUUCAUGGUGAUGAUGCUGGAUCGCAGGGAGCAGUUGCUAGCAAGAAGAAAAAGAGAGGUCAACGGGCUGUAGGAGGAGAUAAGAGUGGAAGAGGGCUCCGCCAGUUUAGCAUGAAAGUUUGUGAGAAGGUGGAGAGCAAGGGACGCACAACAUACAACGAGGUAGCAGAUGAGCUUGUUGCUGAAUUUGCUGACCCAAGCAACAGUGUUUUAGCCCCUGAUCAGCAACAAUAUGAUGAGAAAAAUAUUCGUCGAAGGGUCUAUGAUGCUUUGAAUGUUCUCAUGGCAAUGGAUAUCAUUUCUAAGGAUAAAAAGGAAAUACAAUGGAAGGGUCUUCCUCGUACUAGCCAGAGUGAUAUUGAAGAACUAAAGACAGAACGUCUUGGGAUUAGGAAUAGAAUCGAAAAGAAAGCAGCUUACUUGCAAGAGCUGGAAGAGCAAUAUGUAGGUCUUCAGAACCUCAUAAAACGGAAUGAGCAAGUAUGUAGCUCAGGAAAUGCUCCCAGUGGAGGUGUAUCUUUGCCCUUUAUUCUAGUGCAGACACGUCCGCAUGCAACUGUUGAAGUGGAAAUAUCAGAAGAUAUGCAGCUUGUUCAUUUUGAUUUCAAUAGUACUCCUUUUGAGCUGCAUGAUGACAACUAUGUUCUCAAGGCAAUGAAAUUUUCUGAAAGGCCUCAGAACGAUAAUAAUGUAACGCCAAAUGUUACAGAUGGCGGUGAAGGUUCUAGCAUGUCAGGGUUGUUUCAUGUGCAGGCUCCUACCACAGUUUCAAACCCACCCGUGAGGCCUCCAUCAUCACCACCACUUCCUGGAAUAUUGAAGGCCAGGGUUAAGCCUGAGCACUAAUAUGAACUUCUGCCAUAUUCUCUUGCCUGAGCAUGUCUGUAUAUUUUUGUAAAGUAAGAAUUAAUUGAUAGACCUUCAUAAAAAUCAUCCAACUGGUAUAGCCAAUUCACCCUCUAGGUAAGCAGCAGAUUAGUGGUUGGUCUGCUUUUCUGUAUUUUUGGCAAAUUCUUUGCCUACUAUAUUUCCUAUUUUACUAACAUAACUAAUUAUUUUUUCUUCCUUUAGACA